UUUGAUUUUGGAUUGGCAAAGCUUUUGAGGAUGGACUAAAGCCAAACUCUCACAGGCAUCAGAGGAACAAAAUGGUAUGUUGCAUCUGAAUGGUUUAGGCACAUGGCGAUCAAAACCAAGGUGGAUGUUUAUAGCUACGGUGUUAUGCUGCUAGAGAUAAUUUGUUGCAGAAGAAGCGUAGAAAUGGAUGCCUGUGAGGAGGAGAAAGCAAUUUGGACUGAUUGGGCUUAUGACUGCUAUCGGGAAGAAACUUUAGAUGCUCUGGUUGAAUAUGAUGGGCAGGCCUUGGACGACAGAAAGAAUCUGGAGGGAUUUGUGAUGGUUGCCUUUUGGUGUAUUCAAGAAGACCCUUCUCUUAGGCCUACCAUGAGGAGGGUUAUCCAGAUGCUUGAGGGAGUUGUUGAAGUGCUUAUUCCACCAUGCCCAUUCCCCUUCACUAAGUAAUUAAGACCCGUGAAGCCAACAAGA